GCUCUUGAGGUUAAAGCUUUUCUAGAUAUAAAAGUUCUAGGUCCAUAUGCUUCUCAAGAAGGUUUUAAGAUUUCAAUCUUCUAUGUUUUGAGAAUCUCCUGUUCUCAAUGUUUAGUUAUUAUAAUCCUUUUGCCUUUUAUAAUAUAAAAAGUAGAACGAAAAAACCAUAGAACUAUAAAAAAUAUCCCCAGGGUGUCCAGAGAACAUUUCUCCAGGUACUCAGGUGCUUCAAGGACUAUAGGUGAUCCCAUGGAUAGAAGAGCAGGGUUGAGAAGGAAGAGCAAACAUGUAGAGUAUCCAGACCAUCUCAGGGAUUUUAUUGACUCCAUAGUUCUGAAAGAAGAUAAUGAUCCUAAACAAAGAAUGAAGAGAGCAAAUGAAAAAAGAAGAAAAGUAGAAACUGAAAAAAAUACAAGAAAGAAAGUGUUUAACGGAUUGAUUACAGAAGAAGAUAUAAUCGCACUGGGGAAAAGUUUGAAAGUAGAGUUUCCUAGCGGAAAUAUCAGUAAACCCCAGACAAAGGAGAUUGUAAGCAAAAUUUUCCCAAGAUUUGACGCUGGUAUAGUGAUGAAGAAUAUAUUUCAAGUAUUUGAUACUUCAAAUACAGGCAAAAUAUUUCCAAACGAACUGAUCUGGGUUUUCUCAAUGUCCAUUCAAGGGAAAGUUGAGGAGAAGUUAAAAUGGAUGUUUAAACUGUAUGACAAGGAUGGAAACGGAGAAAUAGAUCCUGAAGAAAUGGAAGAUAUAUUUACUAAACUUUGUAAGGAAUUUACAUCAGAUGAAUUGUAUGACGAGAAAAACAGCUGGAUGAUCAUGAUUUCACAAAAGAAAAGACAAGGAGAAGAGUUGAAGAAGAAUUUACAAAAAUCUACAAAAAAAUUAAAGAAAAAACAGUUCAAGAAACCGCAAGAAUACGAAAAGGAAAGUGAUGAUGAAGAUAGAGUUGAGAUAUUAAAAAUUGUUGCUCAGCAGCUUAAAGAUCCACAGAGAGAUUGUAAAAAGUUUGAUCCAAGUAAAAGAGCCAAAGAAAUCUUCUCAGCGUUGGACCUGAACGGGGAUGGAUCAGUGACUGAAGAUGAAUUUAUCAGUGGAUGUAUGAGUGAUGAGGCCUUUGUCAAGGUUAUUGAUGAAUUCAGUAUGGAUUUUAUUUGGAGCUCUUAAUAACAGAUUCAUACGUUAGUUACUAUAGUAAUUAGUAGCAAGUAAUUAGUGACUAGUAAUUCGUAACUAGUAAGUAGUAACUAGUAACUAGUAGUUAGUACCCUAGUAACUAGUAACUUAUAACCAGUAACUAGCUACUAGUAACUAGUAAUUAGUACCUUAGUAACUAGUAAUUAGUAACUAGUGACUAGUAAUUAGUAAUUAGUACCCUAGUAACUAGUAACUAGCAACUAGUAACAAGUAAUUAGUA